AUGAAGUCACUGAGGGACGUAUCCACCCACUGGCGAGCCACCUGCAGUUAUGACAAGUACGGCAUCAACAACUACAAAGAUUACGUCCGUGGAAAGUUUGCGGAGGCCGACAUCUUUGCCUUCCUUGGUGGUGGUGUUUGCCUUAAGACCGAGCUUGUCAACAUUCGUGGUCACACUGGAAUUCACAAGACUGCCAAGUUCUGGCAGGUUGCUGCUACUUUCACUCCUCAUAUCGACAGUUCUUCAAAAGGUUGCCAGUUUGAUCCCACCGUCGGUGCAGUUAGCAGCGAGGAUAACUUUGGUUUUUACGGCAAUACAAACCCCAAGUUUACUUGUACAAUGAAUGGUGACUCUACCACGCAGUGGUGGUUCGGUGCCUAUAAGUAA